UUCGCCUGGCCAAAGAUGGCGGCGCCCAGAGAGGUGGCGUGAAAGUUGUUGGCGGAAGACGCUGUCCGUUCGUGCGGAAAUUUAAACAUCGGUCACCGUGCGCCAUGUCGCGACUGAUCGUGAAGAACCUCCCGAACGGGAUGAAGGAGGAGCGUUUCAGACAGCUGUUCUCCGCCUUUGGCACGCUGACGGACUGCAGCCUGAAGUUCACCAAAGAUGGCAAGUUCCGCAAGUUUGGCUUCAUCGGCUUCAAGUCCGAGGAAGAAGCCCAAACAGCACUGAACCAUUUCAACAAGAGUUUUAUCGACACCUCCCGGAUCACAGUGGAGUUCUGCAAGUCCUUUGGGGACCCAACAAAGCCCCGAGCCUGGAGCAGACAUGCCCAGAAACCCAGCCAGUCCAAGCAGCCUUCAAAAGACAAAGACUCCGUCCCCCCAGAAACUAAGAAAGAUGACAAGAAGACAAAGGCAGCAGGUGAACUGGAGAAGCUGAAGGAAGACGGCGAGUUCCAGGAGUUCCUGUCAGUUCACCAGAAGCGGACGCAGACAGCCACCUGGGCCAACGACGCCCUGGACACCGAGCCCUCGAAAGGGAAGAGCAAGCCGGCCGACGACUACCUGAACUUCGACUCCGAUUCGGGGCAGGAGAGUGAGGAGGAGGGAGCCGGGGAGGACCCGGAAGAGGAAGAUGGCAGCCUUGAACCGAAGGCAGCUGUGCAGAAGGAGCUGUCGGACAUGGAUUACCUGAAAUCCAAGAUGGUGAAGGUGGAAUCGUCGUCCUCCGAGGAGGAGGAGAGUGAAGAUGAGGCCGUGAACUGUGAUGAAGGGAGCGAGGCCGAGGACGAGGACUCCUGCGCCAUCACUGCCCAGCAGGACGGAGAGGGGCCGGGGUCUGGCCGACAGCAAGGGAUCCCGUCUAGGAGUAGGAAACCACCGGAGGCCAGGGCCGAGACAGAGAAGCCAGCACACCAGAAGGAGCCCACCACCCCCCACACGGUGAAGCUGCGGGGAGCCCCCUUCAACGUCACAGAGAAAAACGUUGUGGAAUUCCUGGCACCCCUGAAGCCGGUGGCCAUUCGAAUAGUGAGAAAUGCUCACGGGAACAAGACAGGGUACGUCUUUGUGGAUUUCAGCAGUGAAGAGGAGGUGAAGAAAGCUCUGAAAUGCAACAGAGAAUACAUGGGUGGGCGCUACAUCGAGGUGUUCAGGGAAAAGAACAUCCCCACGGCCGAGGGGACCCCGAAGAACAGCGCCAAACCCUGGCAGGGCCGGACACUCGGGGAAAACGAGGAGGAAGAGGACCUGGCCGACUCAGGGAGGCUCUUUGUGCGAAACCUGCCCUACACCAGCACCGAGGAGGAGCUGGAGCAGCUCUUCUCCAGAUACGGACCCCUGUCUGAGCUCCAUUACCCCAUCGACGGCCUGACCAAGAAACCCAAGGGCUUUGCCUUCGUCACUUUCAUGUUCCCUGAGCACGCCGUGAGGGCCUAUGCGGAGGUGGACGGGCAGGUGUUCCAGGGCAGGAUGCUCCAUGUGCUACCAUCCACCAUCAAGAAGGAAGCCAGCGAGGACACCGACACCCCAGGAUCGUCGUCUUACAAGAAGAAGAAAGAGUCUAAAGACAAAGCCAGCAGCUCCAGCGCUCACAACUGGAACACGCUGUUCAUGGGCCCCAAUGCAGUGGCCGACGCCAUCGCACAGAAGUACAGCGCCACCAAGAGCCAAGUGUUUGACCACGAGACCAAGGGCAGUGUGGCUGUGCGCGUGGCCCUGGGGGAGACGCAGCUCGUCCAAGAAGUACGCCGCUUCCUCAUCGACAACGGGGUCAGCCUGGAUUCCUUCAGCCAGGCUGCAACGGAGCGGAGCAAGACCGUGAUUCUUGUGAAGAACCUGCCGGCGGGCACCCUGGCGGCCGAGCUGCAGGAGACCUUCGGCCGUUUUGGCAGCCUGGGCCGCGUGCUCCUGCCUGAGGGGGGCGUCACUGCCAUUGUGGAGUUCCUGGAGCCCCUGGAGGCCCGCAAGGCCUUCAGACACCUGGCCUAUUCCAAGUUUCACCACAUCCCCCUCUAUCUGGAGUGGGCUCCAGCGGGCGUCUUCUCCAGCUCAGCCCCGCAGAAGAAGGAACCCCAAGAUACACCAGCGGAUCCUGCGGAAAAGGCCAGGGCGGUGCCAGAACCAGAUGGCAAGACCCCGGAAGGUGAGAAGCCGACAGAGGGAGGAGCAGACGACUCUUCAACAAAGAUGGAAGAGGAGGAGGAGGAGGAGGAGAAGGAAGAAGAGAGCCUCCCUGGGUGUACUCUGUUCAUUAAAAAUCUCAACUUCGACACCACCGAGGAGACGCUGAAGGGGGUGUUUUCCAAAGUGGGCACGGUGAAGAGCUGCUCGAUUUCCAGGAAGAAGAACAAAGCAGGUGCGCUGCUGUCCAUGGGGUUUGGGUUCGUGGAAUACAGGAAGCCGGAGCAGGCCCAGAAGGCUCUCAAGCAGCUCCAGGGUCACGUCGUGGACAGCCACAAGCUGGAAGUGAGGAUUUCGGAACGAGCCACAAAGCCAGCCCUGACAUCCGCUCGGAAGAAACAGGUUCCCCGGAAGCAGACCACCUCCAAGAUCCUGGUGCGGAACAUCCCCUUCCAGGCUGACAGCCGCGAGAUCCGAGAGCUUUUCAGCACCUUCGGGGAGCUCAAGACCGUCCGCCUGCCGAAGAAGCUGACCGGGACAGGCUCACACCGCGGGUUCGGCUUUGUCGACUUCCUCACGAAGCAGGAUGCGAAGAGAGCCUUCAACGCCCUGUGUCACAGCACCCACUUGUACGGCCGGAGGCUGGUCCUGGAGUGGGCCGACUCCGAGGUGACCCUGCAGGCCCUGCGGCGGAAGACGGCCGAGCACUUCCACGAGCCCCCGAAGAAAAAGCGGUCUGUGGUGUUGGACGAGAUCCUGGAGCAGCUGGAAGACAGUGAAAACGACAGCGAGGAGCAGACCCUUCAGCUGUGAGCUGGCACCGAGAGGGACUGCUGAGCUGGAGCCCCUCCUGCGUCUGUCUGAGGCCUGCUCACAGCGGGGGACUUGGCCUCUGUUCUGCUGCAUCCUCGCCUCUUGGGACCGUGCGCCCUGGUCUGCUCACCAUGGCCUCCUGGGUCCCCUCUGGCCACAGGGCCGCUCAUGAAGCCGAGCUCCAAGCCCAGGCACCAGGCCACUUGGCCGAGCUCAGCUGUGUUGCUAAUGCCGGACACCCUGUGAAAUAUAUCGAGUCCCCGUCCUGGCAAACGAUGUCCCAGGCUUGGGGCGCCCACAGGCGCACACCUCCUCUAGCCUGGAGACACGCCUCCCCAGGGGGGGCCUGUGGCCAGCGCACGCCAGGAGGCAGGGUGGUGGAGAGGAAAGAGCUGCGACCCAUCCGCCCUGGGUCUGAAUCCUGGCCUAGCCUCCCCAGCCGUGUCCUGGGACCAGCGAGGUCCCCUCUGACCCUCAGCUUCUCUUUCUGUGAAAUGGGGGUGAGGGUGCGCCUACCUCAGAGACGGUGCUUGGACUCAGGCAGUCAAUCCAAGUAAAGCCCAGAGAAAGCGCCCCUCA